AUGGUCAAGAUGUUCAAAUGCAAGGGCUGCGGGCAUGAGAUGCAAUUCCAGCAGAACUACUUGCAUCACACUCAGACUGGGCAAACGCUGCAGUUUAUCCACUGCUCGUUCACGUUUGACAGCUUGUGCAAGCUAAGAAGCCAUCGACAAAGCAUUCAUCCGAAAGAGUUCGAUGAAAGCCGUAAAAUGAUACAGAAUCCUGAGGUUGUUGCAAAAAUGUACAAUCACAAGAACACCUCUGGAGACAUUAGUGGUGGAUCUACGGCAAAGACCAUGGGAAGCAUAAACUCUUCUCCACGUUCUUCUGGAGCUGUUUCCAUCCUAGCAGCCAGGACGGGAGAGAGGGAGACCCGAGAACAAAAGCCUGUGAUUGGGUUUGGACAAUGGCGUUCGCUGCAGAGAAGCAAGCCCAGAACCCCAGUUGGGAAAAAUGAUCAAUCUCCCGUAUCUGAACCGAAUGGUAUGGGAAGGGAGAUUUGA